UUGUCCUGUCGCCACUCUACCCCUUGUUUGUAUCGGCAAUAUAGUACAGGAAGGAACAGAGGCACCACCACAACACAAGAAGACUCUUUACCGUGAGUGGUGGCUGGUUUGUUUCAUGUAGUAUCUCUUCGUGUGACUAGCCCAGACAUGAACCAACAGAACGUCGGCGCUAACUAUUUCUAAUAACAGCAUAGAUCUAGAUCUAGAUCUAGAUCUAGAUCUAGAUCUAACUAUAGACUAGAUCUAGAAUCUAGAUUUAUGUUACCAAAAAGUCGGCCUUGUUUCAAUGAAAGUGUUUCCGGUAUCUAAAGGGCAUGCAGGAAGAAGCAAUUCUUUAACUUUCUAGUAACAACAAGUCCUAAGUCACAGAUGCUAUUGCUGUCGUUAACAUGAAAGCAUAAGGUAAAAAGAAGCUAUCCAUGUCACAGUAUUUUGAAAAUUGCCUCAAGUGAGCACAGCCCUUUCAAAGUAGCGAGAUUCUUCUUCCUCGCAAGGGCGAUACAGUAGCCGCAGGCAUGGCUUCACUCAAAUUGAAUAAAGAUGUGGUUGAGUCACCGUCUGUGAAUACCAUGUCCCCCGUUCCUCGGCGACAAGGGCCAGUCUCUUUCAAAAUCCGUUCAAGAGCAGACGAAAGUGUAGAGGACCACUACGAGGAAAGGAAGGGUUUCGUUCCUCCUUCACAAAGGGACGCUGUUAAGAGUCGUCACAUUCCGUCUAUAGAGAGUCGAGAGAAGUCUCAGACUGGUUGUGGGGAUGCAAAGUACAUUGACCUGGCGCGGAAACGCAAGACAGAUACAGAGCAUAAUUUCUCCUGGAAACCUUACAUAAACACAGGAAUCGCAGAGAACGAUCGAACUGAUAUUCAAGCAGUAGAAGCAAGUCAGGAGGGGCCUAGUCUGUUGUCAAAUGUUGCACGGCCAGAUCGAAUUUUGUCAAAAGCGUCGGCAGUAUAUCCUGCCAACUACUACAAUACGAGCGUACCUGGCUACGAUUUGUCCCACGAACCAAGUUCCUCUGGCUUUAUAUCUGAUGAAAUACACGAAAACUCGGAUCCUUCGCUUCAGGGUCAUCACGUUCAGACCAAUCUCUCAUUCAGGAAAACGUCUUCAGAUUACCGCAAAUUUAAAAUGCCAAAGAGUUAUGUUACCCAUCUGAGGCAAGCUGACAAGAACUUUAAGAAGGGCAGUGUCCUUCCUCAGAAAUUUAGAAGCCAUCGCAAUGUCCAGGAGAUAGCUUUUGAACUACAACACAGCACAACCCGGGAGCCUUCAAUCGAAGACAGGCAGGAGGAUAUGGAUUGUGAGGGGGAAGAAGAACAUUGUACAACUUAUAAAAGCUACAAGGUUGGAGACAAUUCUCAAAAGAAGGAAAACAGGGAGAAGACAAGUUUCACAGGUGAAGAUUUCAGUUCUGGGGAAAUCUUUGAAAAAAAGGAAUCUCAGGAAAUCUGCAAGAGUAAAUCUCAACUCUUUGACCGCAUGUUUCCUGUGAGAAGCAUUCUCGCGCGUAUCAUACCCGUUCAGCAAUGUGCUGCGCAAACGGUAGAGGCUCCAGAAAGUGAUCUCAUUGGGCAGGCCGCACCAAAAAAGGACGGGGCGUUCAUUCCAGAAGACUCAGAAUUGAAGGCAGAAGUGAAUGACACAAAAAAACAGGAACAGUUUUUCAUGUGGAAUACUGGGGCAAGAGACAAGGACACGGUGAAAGGUCAAGGGGGAACACACAUGAGUCGAGACUCUCUAGCGAGGGCACGUGGAAAUAGACACAAAUCCGGCGGCCACAGAGCCAUACCUUGUUCAAACACCGAAAGGGUGGCUGUCGGUCUCUGUGAAAAGAACCCAGGCGGCUGUUUCGUUCCAGAGGCCAAGAGCACAUGUCUGCAUACCCCAUAUAAUACCAGGCGUACUUCUUUGAUCGGCACUAGACAAGACAAAAUGUUUCAUUCUAACGUUCCGACUCGCUCACGCGGUGUCUCAGUGGGGUACCCCACCUCCAUAUGCUCUGGGGGUAGGUUUGGAGAGAAAGCGAGGCAAGGACGACAACGAUGGGCGUCUUCUGGCCGCGGAAAAAAGGACCUUGAACUUGCGGGAAAUGUACACGGUAAAACCAGAGUAACAUCCAUACUUCGGCCUGUGGAUCAGAGUCUGGGGGAGACACAUGUUUCUGGACAUUUUUUGGGUGUUCUUGAUGCCAAUGAAAACUCAAACAUACCACAAGAAAUACCUUCAUACUUGAAGGGCUACUCUGAGGAGGAAGAGGAGGACAUCUCUAUACAGCUGACGAGUCAGAAUCCGAGCUUUAAUGAAGGAACCAACUUUCACGGAGCUCUGAUGUCCGCAGGAGGUUAUCUAGGAUUGAACGCUGACUUUCCAGAACCCAUGUUGCUAUCUCACAGUAUACAAGCAGAUGAAAAACAGUCUGUGUGUACUCGAAGUUUGGUUGACCUAGGUACAAAGAACAUUGUGGCGUCAGAUAGAAUGACUAGUUUAAGGACAGAGGCUAAAAUGAACGGGACUUGUGAAAAAGGAACGGAAUCACUCAAAGUACCACAUGUUUUAUCCUCCACAGGAAGGAAAAAUAGAUCAGAUGAUGGAAAAACUCGGGUCAAAUCAGAAUUUCCCCAAAAGCCUAAGACAAUCGUCUCGUUUGUUGAAAAUGUCCUCUCUGGAAAAGAUCUGUCGUCAAAAGGUAAUCCAGCCAGCGUUGACUCCCAAGAGCCGUCGGACGUCAGUCCUAGUAGAAUUACAUGCAAGCAUUCAGCAACACCUAGAAAAUCGAAAUCGAAAUCAGAAAAGCUGCCUAUUCAGGUUUCCCAGCGUCCGCGUAAGAGCCCAUCUCUUUCCUUAAGCCAACACAAACCCGAACCUAGGAACACAAGCAGCAGUUUACCUUGCGAAACAAAUUCCACUGCCAAGAAAACCAAGUCGGAGCUUUCCGGAGACAAGAAAUAUGAUUCUCAUCACAAUUCUGUUAUUCAAAACUCGUCGUUGUCAAAUCGGCAGGUUCCCAAAUACGAGAGUGGUUUACCUAUUGCAAACAAGACAAAGUCUGGACAUGAAACAACUUCCAUGGAUUCAGCCUGUACCAAAUUUGAGUCAUCCGAGAAGGUUUUGCGAAAAGCUAACAAGGACUCCCAGCUAGCAGUCGACUCCCAGAAGGCCAGAACCCCAUCUAAGACAAUAAAUUCUACCGUCGACGCCAAGCCGUCAGCGUUAUACACAGGUGUUCAUGGAUAUGACACUGUUUCUGGAACGAUGGUUGACAGGAACAUUGUGAUUCAAGACCAAGAGAAUGACGCAUCGUCCGAAGACGACUGUGACCAGCCAGUCAACUGGGAUGAUCUCAAUUCAAGGACCAACCUCGUUCACGGACAACAGCAAGAGCAUGACACAGAAAAGAUCGCGGUUCCGAGAAGUAAUACAAACUCUCAAUAUCCAUAUGCGGAGGGUGGUCUUCUCAAACCCGAACAAACUAGAGUAGGCUCGAUUCUUGCCCAAACAGUUUCUGAACAGCUCGGCGUCCAGACUCAAAUCGCCAGUUUUUCAAACCCACAGUUACUUGUUUUCGAGAAAGGCCAAGCAUCUGAGAGCAUGCUGGAGAAGAAGGGCCCCAUCACAGACAAUAGUGAACUAAAGACUUUGAUUCUGAACAUGCGUCCUGGUACAUCUACUCCGUCUGCUUGUUCGGGGGUCCUUGAGGAACGCCACAAAGGUGUCCAUGGGAGUAGCAUCAUCUCUCCCCAAAAUAACAGUUUACUCGAGUCGAUGAGACACAGAGAGUUUGCUUCUGCCAGCCCUGCCGACCGUACGAGAGAGGCACAGUCAGAGAAACGUCGCGAAAUAGGAAUUCUCUCUAGACCUGCCACAAGCAAACACGCGGUGAGGAAUGAGAAUGGCCUUCUUGUCGUUCCUUUCAAAGGUAAGCCCUCUUCACACACUUUAGUGAGUGACCGAGGACAGGGUGGGCAAAACAGUUUUUCGCAAAAACCUCUCAAGACGCAAAAUACGUUAACCCAGAAGGCGAAAAUAACCCACUCUUCGUUUGCCUCUGUCACGAAAGAAAGCGCGUCUAGGGGAAAUUCAAAAUGGUCGAGUCCCCAUUCAAUUCUCAACAGUCGUCGUUAUGUAGAAGAGGAGACAGCGACCCUGCAAACGCCAACUUUUGUGGAGAGCAAUCUAAAAACACUUGAACAACAGCAGGCUACUGAUGUGAAAAGUACCUUAAACAGCAAGCCGUCAGAAACCACGCACGCCGAGAAUCCACAAAGCAAAGUUUCCAAGCAAAGUGGAAGCAACACUCUCGGAGUUGGUAAGAAGGUUGGUAUUUUUAUCGGUGCCGGUAUCAAAUCCGCAAAGGAUUCUAUUGCCUCAGCCAUCAGCGGAAAAGAAAAGCACAAGAGACUAGUGGAAGAAGACUUUGAGGAGGAGACAAUACCAGUCAGAGUGACAACACUGCAGUCAUCGCCAGUGUCUGUUGGUGACCAAGAGUUAAGGGACGUGGAACAAUUGAACCCUUUCAACACCAGCUAUCUUCCAGAUGACUGCAGUUUCAACCCUCCUUCCAACUCACAAACACUGCUAUUGGAGUCGCAUUCAGCUGGUGGAAGCGUAGCAAUAGUCGGGGAGCAGGAAAAUGAAGACAGUGUUCAAAAUAAGAGUUCAAAGAUUGGUAUCCUGGAAAAUGUGACAAAAUUCUCACUAGCAUUGCCUCCCCACAGACUCACCUCUCGGAAAAGUGAAACGGGCCAACACAUUAAGAAAGAGAAGUACGGGCAGGGUAUCAAUAGAUUACAUUAUCCAGUCCAGAAGAAGAAAGACUUGUCAGUACCGUCUCCGCCAGGAAAACCUUCAAUAAACUCAAAGCAAUGUAUUGUAACGUCUAAAGCCGAUGUAGGAUCAAAAACCUCCUCAGCUCUGACUCCGUCCACGCCAAAGUCUGAACUGGGAGAAUGCAUUAAGGAUAAAGAUAAGUUUCGGAUUUCUGAUACCAAAGGUGGCCAUCAUUCUGUUCAGAAGAAAACCGAUGUCCCCGGAUCUGCCUCUGAAAAGAAUACCAUGAAUAAUAAAAUAAAAAUCCUCAAGUCUGAGAAAUCUGUGAGACCCCCUCGAACGCUCAGUAUGGAAGACAAUGCAGGUCAGAACAAAGCAGCAACAGAAACAGCAGAAGCACUAACGGUAACACCAGCAAGCCAGCCCCAGAAAAUGACAAGUCCAGGUGUUGAUCUCAAACGCUUCCCGAGUCUAUCCAGCAAGCAGUCAUCUAACGAAAGGCCGAUGACCCCAACCUUACCGUCCGUAAUCACAGUCAAAAGUAAAGCAUCCAUGUCCAAAAGUCAGGAAAGUACUGCGAUGAAAGCUGCUUUUGUGAAGAGAGAAACUCGGAAACCCGACACUUUUGAACGGGAUGAGCAGAAGAUCACAGAUCUCAAUAUAAAUACGAGAGAAGACGGAGUUCUUAAUCGGGAUUCGCGGAACAGCGAAAACCUGGUCAGUAAAUCACGAACGGGCGACGAAGAAAAUGCAAGUCAACGAAAACCGGAUCAAGGCCGUGGUUAUAUCAAUCCUUCUCCUGCUAGUCGGGUUAAUACAAAUGAUCAAAACUCCGAAAAAGCCAAGAUCCCGGAAAAACGAGAUGAAAAGAAGGACAUUGAGGAAGAGGUGGACAGUAACACAUUUGUUUCCAAUAAUUCAAGAGAGGUUUCUUCAAACAAUAUAGAGAAAACGCAAAGCGGUGGAAAAGCUAGCUUGCUGGGUGCCGAGAAUGACAAAAGUGGUGGCAUACGUGAGGGGAAAAACUCUGAAAAACGCGAGGAGGGACGUCGUUACAGACCAGCAGGUACGAAGUGGGAAGAUGGUACUGAAAUAAAGGACGAUGAAGAAAUUACACACAGUGUUUCUCCGAAGACUCGCGGGCGCAUGGGUGGCAAAGCUGACUCAAAGUCGACAAACACGAAAUUUAAACGCCCCGAAACAACGAACACUGCUUCAGAUUAUGCAGACGACUCUGUGGAAUAUGGUACGAAAAGCAGCAUGCAAUCAGCGUCCCCUUUCCGGAGUGUAUCGCAUGCUCUCACGGAUGCCCUGGUCUCUCACCUAAGUAGACUUGAGAUGAAAUACAGAAAAAAACCACAGAAUUCCCUGGACAACGGAGACUUGUAUUUCAUACCUAGUAAAAAGUCACGAGCUUCCAAGGGAAGAAUCAACAGUAACAAUGACAUCUCAACAAAACUUCUCGAAAGAUCCGAACCAGCAAUGGCUAUAGACAAUGAGUAUGAACAGCCAGUUGCUCAGGAUCCGGAUGAGGAUGAGUUUUACUUCAACCUUAGGACACCCAUAGCCAAGGUGGAGAGAGCGCCUGAUCAGAGGUCAGCGGACCACAUCCGGACCCCUAGGCCACACGAAAUGUCCACUUAUGAGACAUAUGAGUACGGAUAUAGCAAACCACGGAGUCUGGCGAAACAUAUCAAUAGUACAACUAAAUACACUACCACUGGGUCUUUCAACAAGAAUCCACAGCAAGAGUAUCAAGAGGAAAACCCGGAAGAGGAACUAAAGAGAAGAGAACAGGACGAGAUUGCAUAUGGAGACUACAAAAUAGCCAAACAAGUCUAUGACGAGAGAAACAAAAACAGUGAGAGGCUCUACGAGGUCAUAGUCCUCAACACUAAGCAACACAAUAAGCCAGGAGGUUCCAACUCUACAACAAAAUCAAAAGGGCUCAACACAAAACCUCUCAACAAAGCAGCAGGUUCCAACGCGAAACAUGGGUACACGUCUGGAGAUCGAAACGUUGUGUCCCAGGACGGUAAAGAAGGUGCUAAGUCCAAGCCAACCACUGUAGCCAGUUUAGUUUCCUCGACAUCGAACAAAGACAAGUCCACUGAGCAAGGAAAGGGAGAUCAGGAGAAGAAAUUUUCAGGGAAAACCCAGAAAGACUCGGACAAGAGCAGAAAGAAAUCUCCUUCAUUUGUGAAAAAGUCAGGUUCAAGUUCUUCUCGCUCCCCGUCCCCGGGCCCGCGCAAGAACAAGACCGAGUCCCCGAACUCAAAGCCUCGGCGUAAACAAGAGUCAACCGGCAGGAUUGCUAGGCACCCGUUCAGGAACUCCCCGCCCAAACCCAUGAGAUCCCCAAGGCUCACGCCGUCAAAAAGUGAAAGCAAAACUGAUAGACGUACUGGAAAAGGAGAAAAGAACAAAAACAAAGAGACGCUAAAAAAUAAAGAAGCAGGGAAGGACCAAAGCAAAAGUGCCUCGGCGAAAGUUAUUUCAACAAGCGAGAGUCCCCAAGAGCCGAGCUCUCCGCGCAGAUGGGGGACGCCCUCGAGGGCUAAGAGCGCCACUGAAGCUCGAACAGGGAGACAAAAAACGCGCAGUGGGGAGGUAGCCAAGAACAAGGAACAGAAAGAAGAGAAAUCCUUCUGGGAACGAUACGGACUACCGUGGCCUACAUCUUCGUGGAUUUCCGAGCCUAAGAAUGACCCAAAAUCAAAGACAGAGGAGCCCAAGACCGAGGAGGGGAUCUUCCGGGUACUUCAGAAGCAGCUUGGUCGCCUUGGGCUCUCCAACACGGAGCAAAGCAGCACAGAGAAAGCAACAAAGAAACCAGACUCAAAAAAGGGCUCGAGGUCAAACACUCCAAGAAGGUCGUCCCGCUACAAAGUGAGCAAAAAGCCUGAUAUAAACAAGAAACCAGAAGUUAAUUCAAAGCCAGAUGAAAACUCGAAACCUGACAACAACGUUACAACUGACCCGAACAAGAAAUCUGACUGCGUGGGAGCAGCUUGGGAGCACACGAAAAGUGAGCCCGUUUCUCCUGAACAGUGUGUAAAGCCUUCGACUCCUUCUGGCCAGCCUGCACAGGCUUCAUCGAGAAAGUCUCCUCAAAUGAAUGAAGUAAUGCACUACGCAAAGAGAGGCUGGCCUGUGGUCAAGACAUUACAAGGAAAGGAGGUGGUGCAAAAACCCGAGGACACCACAUCGCAGACACAUGAUCUACAGGGGUCUCUAGUGAAGCUCUUAGCUGAGAUUGACAACUUAAAGGUGGAAAUGGACGCGUCCUUCCGUGACCCUUUCGGCUUCAUUUUAGAAGAACAAGACAAAAAUGAGAUAUUGAACGUCAAACCAGAGGUUUUAGUAGCCUUCGAUGAUGAGGAGAAUGAUGAUGAUAGCGAUGAUAAUGAUGUGAUACUGCAACCCACGCUGCCAUCUGAACCAGUUGCCGAGCUAUCGGAGGUUUGGUAUUCCGGGCCGUCGGCGUAUCACCGGGAAGGCAAGAGUUCCAACAGCAUGCCCCUGACAGAAGUGGACCUGUAUUUCGGACAAGACGAAAAGUGUGAAUACGGAGAGAGAAUCGUUUAUGGUUCAAGUAAAGAGAAGAAUGGUGAGAUGGCAGAGGGUGGGAACAAUGACGAAGAAAGCUAUGAUGAUGAAAACGAAGACAACUCAGUAGGUGCCGACACUUACGCUUGUGGAAACUAUUUCAGACGCAACCUGCUACGUGAAGAUAAGCGUUUCGGGGAUGCGACGGGCAUAGAAGGCUCAGCAAGAAUAAAUCUGCCUCUGUUCCCAACCCCCGAGUAUUGCUCAAUUGACGUAAUAUCAAAACGAAACAUCAGCCCAGAAGGGAACGAAAGGAAUAAAAAUGAAAACAGGAGAAGCAGCUGUUCAGUCCCAGACCAGGAAUGGGGUAGUGAAAAGGCUAACGUGGUGGAAACAAGGCGUUCUCUGAAACCGAAGACACAUGCCAAGUUUGGUACGAGCACCUUCUCUACUGGGCGCACAAUGGCAUCUUGCGCACGGAAAAAUGAAAUGUCGGGGAAAAUGCAAGAGAUUUCCACGCACUCUUCUGCACUCUCAAAAGACGGGACUCUUGAUUCCUCCUCCUUGGUAGAAAGUUUCUCGUUCUCUUCACACCCACAGAACUGUUUACAUGCCCGGCGAGAUUUAAGUAGCUCUUUAGAAAGUGGGCCAACACCAAAACUGAUACAUUGCGGAGCGUGCUUGCAAGCUGACGUGGUUACAUGCCCAACAACUUACGAAGGUGUAUCUGUGGUCUGCGAUGAUACCCCUCCCGCUGGCAUCAUGAACGAGGACUCGCACAAGUACGAAGAAUUUGUUCUGGGGGGCUAUAUCUCAUCUCGUCACAUGAAACCCUCUUCUCUCCUGGCAGCUUCAUAUAAAUACGUCUCGCGCACAGAAGACGAUGUUGCCAUGAUAUCUUAUCCGAAGCUCAUGAAAAUGAACUACACCUGCCACUCUAAGUCGUUCCAAUACGACCCGACCGUAGCAGAUUCGAAUACGUGUGAAAGGAAAGCACAAAGGACAAUACGAACGGAGACACUUGGUAUAAAAUCAGACCAAGUCCAGCAUGGGUCUGGCAAGGAAAGAAAGAAAUCUCCUGUGAAAAGACGAGACAAGUCUCCGAAGUCCCCGAGCCGAAACAAUUCCAGAAAAUGUUCAAAGGGUUCCAAGUCUGCUAAUGAACCGGUGUUAGCGUCAGACUUCAAGAAUACCACGAGCAUGCUGAACGAAGAGAGGAAGUUCGUGGAAGAAGCCAUCGAGCGCUACACCCAGGCCAGGAUAUUCGCGUCCUUCGAGAACUUCAUGCAGGAGAAGCGGCCCUGCUACGUGGAGAACUGUGGUUUCCGACAGCAGCAGCAGCCCGGACACGGGGACGUGACUUCGCUGGCCUCUAGCAUUUCGCCUGCCGCGGGGAAGGAGCUGAAGAUGCAUAGAGAUCAGGGCUCGGGGGAUAGCGAUGGUCUCGACCUGGCCUCAAAAUCUGUUUCUUUGAGAAAAUCAAGGUGGGACAGUCUAAGUAAAGAGUGUGGGAAAACUGUGCGUCAGGCUGGCCUUGGUAGAUCUACCAACGGCGAAGGCCAGGUAGAAGACUGGAGCUCCGUCAAGGUAGCCGACGCCUGUGAUGAAAAAUACGACAGAGAGAACACCAAGAGUGAGGAUGGGGACAGUGACGUUUGCAACGUCAGCAGCAGCACCAGCGCCUCCAGCACCAGCAGCGGUAGCAGCAUCAGCAGCAGUGGAACCUACGGCAGCUACAACACGAGGAUCGGUGGUUACGGUAGCAACAGCAAUAGUAGCAUCAACAGCAGCAACAGCAGCACCAGCGUUGCAAGCAGCAGCGAAAGCAGCGUUUGCAGCAGCGAGGAACGAGACACGAAUACCGCGUACACGCUUGAGAACGACGUAACCGCCAGCUGCGUGCCGGUGUCGGUGAGUGGAGAGGGUUCUUCGAGUACUCCACAACUGCACAGCCCAGGCGUAGGUGUUGUGAAAGAAGUGUGUAGAUCCUCGUCCGACCAGAUCUGCAAGAAAGGGGUGGCCGAGGAUGUCAGCGGCGACGAGGAGGAAGAAGAAGAAGAAGAAGAAGAAGAAGAAGAAGAAGAGGAUGGGGACUUUUACGAAGAUCAAGAGGACGAUGAUGAGGAUUGCGAUGAUGACGACGAGGAAGAUUGUGAUGAAGAUGGAGAAGACGAUGCAGAUAUCUUGGAAAUGACGGAAUGCUGAAAAGAUUUCUAUUCUGAAAUGUUACACGAUAAACAACAACAACAACACACAUACCACCUGUACGGAGGGGAGACGGGUUAGCUAAGAAUGCGUCCAUCGUGAAACAAGGAACCUCAAGCUGCAAGUCUCAACGGUCAACGUCCAUCUGUGGAACUAAGACAAAAACCUAAAAACCCACUCACUAAAGUAAUAAACAUCGUCCCAACAUCAGAUUAAAACAUGACGGGUUCAUGGCAACCCCCGGCGGUUGUCUAACAGCACAAUGCCAUUC